UCGGUUGGUCAACUUUUUGCCACCUUCUCCUCUGAGGCUGAUCCCUGUUUGGGACACAUUCCCUGCUGCUCGGUGCACGAUGUGCAUGUUUGCUUUUGGCUGAAGUGGAAAAGUUUGUGUGGAAGCUGCUGACUGGGUCAACAGACGCUCAGGACACAUGGAGGCAGUGGUUGGACUGUUGCUGAUGCUACUCGCAGUCUGUCAUGGUGUGGAAACCUCCUGUGAUGGCAGACAGGAUGGAGCUCAGUGUUAUGGAGCUCUGGGAGGAACUGUGGUCCUCCAGCUGAUGGACAACGCCUCAGAGAUAUUUAAAUUCCAAUGGUCAAACAAAACAACAAGAAUACUCAAUUGGAGAAGCAAUAAGAUUGUGUCCAAUCAGAUAGGAAACAGAUCAUCAUUUACUCCGAGUAACGGAACAUUUAUGAUCAAUGACCUGAGCAGGACUGAUGGUGGUGAUUAUACUCUUAUAAUGUUUGAUUCAGAUGGAAAGCCUGCAGAACAACGGGCUCUACAGUUGACAAUUCAAGCUCCUGUGUCCUCUGUCCUGCUGGACUCUGAGUGUCUGUCCCAGGGAGAGAUGAGGGUGUCCUGCUCCUCUGAGGGAGGGGACAGUCCUCAGUACAGCUGGACUCUGGAUGGACAGACACUGACAGACGCUCAGCUGCUCUCUGGAAGUAACGAGAGUGAGAACAUCACUCUGAGACAAGACGUCUCAGGACAACUGGUCUGCUCAGUCAGGAAUCACAUCAGCAGUGUCUCCGAAGAAGAGACGAUAUCUACCUGUGGCUUCAUAUUCAUUGAUUGCAUAUUAUCCAAUGGGACACAUGUAUCACAGUGGGUGCUUGAAGCCAGUAACACCCUGUGUAUUAAGCCAACAACAGCCUCUACCACGACUACUGAGGGUAAGGAGCCCAGCCUCACAGUGUCAAAUACAUCCUCUACUAACAUCACAUUCUCCAGUCCAACUGUGACUCUCCCCAGCACAGAUGAGCCAUGGUUCAUCAGAUAUUCAACAAUAAUGGCUGGGGUGCUCUCGGCACUGCUCAUCCUCCUCAUCGUCGGGGUGGCAGUCGUCUGUGCCCAUAAGAAAAAGCAAAACAACAAACCUCAAGAAAAAGAAGACGAACAGGAAUUAACGUAUGCAGACGUCAACAUCGUGCAGCGGCAUCGGAGGCAGAUGCAGCAAAGGGCAGAGACAGAGGUGGAGUACGGCCAGGUCAAGUUUUCACAAGCACCUCGGCGGACUGUCGAACCAGCGGGAGAUGAUUGUGUGUACAGCGUGGUCCGUAAAGGCAGGUGAUUGAGGGCGUCUGAUGUUUUAACUCAGACUGCACUGACGAAGGCAGGUGGUGGAGGUGUUUGUUACGAUGUUUAUGACUCUACAGUGACUCACAGACUCUCAAAAAGUGGCAUCAGUAUGUUUAUGCUGGUCCAUCAUCUGUGCUUCUAUGUCAUUUAAAAUGACCACUUUUAACUUGAUGUGAAAGCUAUAAAGUUUGCAUUUGUUAAAUUAUUAUUAUUAAUAAUAUAAUAAUAAUUAUUGGUUGAGGGUCAGAGUGUAUCAAAUAUUCUAGUAUGCUCUGGCAUUGGUAGAUUUAUGAGGUAUGAGGUGAGGUGAGGUGUCUGCCUUCGGUUUUCCACCCCACAGUUGGUCGACAAAUUUCUUAUCUCUCAGGAAGUUUGCACAAAUUUGUUUCCAUCAUUGUAAACACUUCUCCUUUUUCAUGUCAUGAUCUUUAACUCUUACAAAACCAGUUCUUGGGUUGCGUGUGAUUUUUCAAAUAACCUUCUCACUGCGUGUUCUAACUACUUGUGUGAGUUAUCAUAUAAAAUAUCCCUUUAAUGUAAUGUUAAAUAUAAGUGGUUUGUGUAGUUUUCAUUGUUCUGCUUACUCUGAUAUAAACGUUAGUUGGGGAAGUAGUCUAAUUUAGUAGACAGUUCAGUCUCUUCAUAACGAGUUACAUUAUAUGUCAGAAUUGCUUGCAACUACAGCACAUGCAGUCGCUUGUGAAAUCUGAAAUGGUCACAUGUCGCUGCAUUUGUUAAUCCGGUGAUGUGAGUUAGCAGCAAAAGGGGAACACCUUCAAAAAUAGUGUGUUAUUCUCUUCCCUUUUCUCCUUUUCUGAAGCAGCGAGGAGACUGUCGUGUUCAGAAUUUAGAAUUUAGUGAACAUCUGUGGUUCACGAGGAAAGGGAUUUAACGGCUUGUCAGAUUGUUAGCGAGAGAUGUGUUUGUCUUUUAACACCAUCAAGCUUUCUAUAAUUACUACAGUGUUUUUCCGAUGACUUUGUGGUUUUGUUUUUUUUCACAGAGGAAUAGUUGUCACUGUUCAAGUGUAGCAAACUUUGAAUAAUUUCAGGCUGCAACUUUCAAGUCUAUAAAUGAAACCAAUCUACAUUUUAGGUGUUCAUUCAAAUUAUUUGGGCUGAAUAGAAAGUCAGCUGAACAAAGUGCUGACUUAGAUGUUUCAUGAUGUAAUAACCAUUUAUGCUCAUGACUAAAAUAAAGUACCUCCAGUUGUCUGGAAUUAAAUUAAACCACAUGCAACUGAGGCCUAGAUCAAGUAGCGCACUUUGGAAUUUGAAUCUGAUAUUGUGCCAUGAGCAGGUGACCAAGGGAUAAAUGGUAAAACACAGAGCAUAUUCAGUGACAGGAUGUAAGCGUGUACAUGAGACUUGACAUUAGAUAACCAGUAAGUCCUCCGCACAAUCAAGAUUUAAUGGUUUUAUUGUCAGUGGAUGUUUCCAAAUUAAAUAUGUUGUAUCUCAAAAGCAGAGGCUGACCACCAUUAUUCUCCUCAGCACACAAAACAGCACAAUAUUACAUUUUAACUGAUUUAAAUGAGUCAGUCUAAGAGUGUGAGACAGACAUCAUGCAGUAACUCUUGACCUGGAGGAAAGUUAGCGAGUCGCAGGUCGUAUAAAAAAAGCAGGGAAUGUACCUUUAAGCUGCUAAAUCUAUUUAUAACCUUUGCCCAAUCUCUUCACAUCAAACUUCCGGAAUCUAAACCCAUGAACUUUGCCUUUGAAUUAACCUAAUCCAUUUUAGUCUUACUCUAUAAUUUAAAAAAUAAUCCAUAUCUGAAGCUGCUGUUUACUCUCCCUCAGACUCUUCUUCCAAAAGACACAGUCUUUUUAGGUAAAUAUUUUGCAGCUUACACGCUCCAACCCAGAAGAUUGUGUGCAACGAUAAGCAGCGAGGACAGAAACAAAUAGCUCAGUGCUGGAAGGCAUCAGCCCAUUGAGUGAAGUCUCCUGCAUAAGGCUGCUGCUUGUUUGAGCUCUUCAGCACACGGGAAUGCACAAAGCAACUCAUAGUGAACAUUUUUGGAGAAAUAUCUUUUAAUAAUGUCAGAUGCAGAUGAAAGCAAUGUUGCACCUGCCAGCAGCCUUGUGGUGUGAGCUUCGACUGGGUCAGGCAGUGUAUGGCCAAACCUUUGAACCUCAGACACGGCAAACGUCUGAUUUAAAUAAGAUGUAUAUGAUUUAUUUUUCAGAUGGUUUUUUUUGUACUUAAGGUGACACCACAUGCUUUUAGUUGUAUACUUCCUGAGGGUUUAAUCAAAGACAGAGGUUAAAUGAUUUGUUUGAUUUGAUAGCUUGAGGCUAAAGGUUGACAGCCAUGGACUGCCAUUCAGCUGAUUCACAGAGCCAUAAAGUUGGUGUUUAUGGUUCAGGAUCACUGUAGUGUCCUUAAACAACCACCUGAGAUCCUUGUUUUUAGUUUAACAUCACAUUUGAACUUCUGACUGAUAUAACAUACUGAGCAAAUAAUUGACAACACAGAACAAGUGUAAUGAAGCUGCUCCUACACUCCACUAUCAUUCUGCCAUCUGUUUAAUGAGCCAGUGCUACUUUGUUCAAUACAAUCAUUGUUUGGGUGUCGAAUUAUUCAAUACUGUUGCAGAUGCUAGUCUUUUAACAUGCAUGUAACAGGAAAUGCAAAGAGACUAGACUGUAGCAACUUAACUCUUGAUAGGUUUGCUUGACCCUCAAUUAAACAUUGUUUUUUCCUCAUAAAAACCAGGUGACUUUGUCAUUGUCAUGACAUGUUCAUGUGAUGCUACCUUGCUGCGCCAAAGCUAUUUAGCUGUAAAAUCAAGGCUGGCAUUUGGUGCCAAUUCUUCAGUCCAGGUCAUGCCAGUUUUUGAUUGAAGGUUUUAGGAUUUAGGUUUUAGGAUUUAGUACUUAUUCAGUAUUUGUACAUACAGCUGUUGAGUGUGAGACGAGGUGAUGGAUGAGAUAUAAAGAUUGCUGUUUUAAGAUCUGUAAAAAGCCAUGGGCUGAAAUCUUGUAGUGUGGCCACCAUUACGUUAUAAUUCAGUUAUUGCAAUUUAUGGUCCAAAACUGAGGUCGUCUCAGGUCAUAAUUUCAUUCAAUUAAUGUAUUAGUUAAGUAAUUUUGUGGCCAUGCAAAGUGCUUUUGGUACAUUUCUUCUUUGGCUGCAUGAACUUAAAGGAGCUUUUCUCUGCGGAAACGUUUCAGAAGAUAAAAAGCAGACAGAGUCUGCCAGUGUGGUAAGAGCUAAUGAUUGGAAAAUGCAAACCAGAUCGAUAAACCUCUGUACACAAAAUACACAUGCAGAGAGACUUGUUUUACAAGCAGCAAAAACAACAUAAACUUCUGCUCAAAUGUAUGAAAAUACAGACACAUCAUUGAAAGAGGAAAAGGAAAUUCUCUGACGGCACACGUUGACUGAUAAAUACACAUGUUGCAUAAAGCUGGUGGUACAGUGGUUUAUUUUGAAAUCCUCGGCUGACUCUGGUCAGUACUAAAUUUACAUUGCUACAUUUGCCACUUUUUCUUCCUCUUUUGUGACCUACAAAUAGGAACAAUCUCAAACUGUGUGAACAUUUCUUACACGUACAGUAAGGGUAUACUCGAACGUUUCUUACAUACAGUACAUAAUUCCCAUAAGACGAGAGAAGGGAGGACUUUUUGCCCCUUGAAAUACGGGUUUAGUGUUACCAUGACAGUAGGUUGUGAGUCGUGUCACAGCUGCUUCAGGAUGUGGUUUAACACCACUGUCUGAACAUGUUACACGGGAACACGGUCAUUUUUAAACACGUUUGCUCUCGGUUCCUUAUUGUCACCACAAGCUAAAAAAAAUGAUAAAAUAAAAACAUUUUUCAAGUCAAAAUGAAAAUCAUCAUAAACCUGUUUAACAAUAAAU